AUGUUACCCACAAUCAUCGUGUUUUACUUCGCUAUUCCGACAACAUCAUUUGGACAAAAUCCCAGUCAACUGAUGCUAUCUCAAAUGAACGAUAUUCAAUAUGACUGUUCUCUCCCAUCUUGUUCUCUGCCGACCAUACUUACUGCAUCAAGUCUGAUCAACUGUCAAAUCUUUUGUUUGAAAAGUUCAGAUUGUCGGACUUUGACGUUCGACCAGUUAAGCAAUCAAUGUCUAGUAUUUUCUAAUCAUCCCAGUCACGAUGGAAGUUUGACAACGCAAAUAGGAAGUAUAACAAUGAUUGCUAUUGACCAACGAGCAGUAAUCGCAUCGACAGCAACGUCCUCAACAUCAUCGACGUCUUCAACAGCAACUACCAGCACUACUUCAACAACAGCACUUUAUUAUGUGCCAACAAGUCUAUGGAGAUUUGAUAACACUACUCUCGACAGUUUAUCAAACUUGAAUGGUGUAGGUGUCAAUUCACCCGCUUUUAAAGUACCAGGUAUCAAUGGAAGAGCUGCAUUAAGCCUCACGCGCAGCCAAAAUCAAUAUGUGACAAUAUCAACGUAUCAAAAUUUUACCUAUACCAGUUUCACGAUCGAAAUGUGGAUCUAUAUCAACUCCUUGAGUGGUGGUAAUACUUUUGGACUUUUUUCUCAACGUGAAAAUGCAACAACUAAUCACCUACUAAUCUCAUUCAUUUGGAAUAAUCAUUUGGCAUUGAGCUUUUACAGUAAUGAUGUUAUAGGUUCUACUACAUUAUCACUGUAUGCUUGGUAUCAUGCAACUCUUGUGUAUGAUUAUCCAUCACGAACACAAGCUGUUUACUUAAAUGGAUACCAAGAUGGUAUUCAUACAUCAGCUGAUCCAUAUUUAGGUACAGUCGGCGCAAUAACUAUUGGAAUGUUUAAUGAUUCUACAAACGCAGUUCAAGCUUUCGAUGGAUACAUUGAUGAAGUCUCGCUUACGAUGAGAUCGAAAAAUGCGACAGAAAUUCUCAAUGAUGCCACGUUAACAACAUAUCAUUCAUUUGAUAGCAUCCCGUUCGUCGACUCAGGACCACUUGCUUUGGGUGUCAUCGCUUCGGGUGUCAAUCUAGUAACUGGUAGAGUCAAUCAAUCAUUAAAUUUCACAACAAAUUCGUCGUAUUAUCAAGUUAGUGGAUUUGUUUUACUUGGAGUUUCGAAUCAACCGUUUUCAUUUGCACUCUGGACUAAACGAACAACAACAGCAGGUGGUGCAACUCUUGUUCAUAUGUCCACACUAAUGAACGGAACAGGUUGGUGUGUUGAUUGGCUUGGGUUUUCUUCUUCAGGCCAAAUAGUUGCUACUGGUUGGAAUUCCAUGGGCUAUCAAGUCGUAGGUCCCGUUUUUUCGACAAAUGUUUGGACGCAUGUUGUUAGCACUUAUUCACCAACGAAUGGCCUUCGAUUAUAUGUGAAUGGUACGCUGAUGGGCACAGCAGACACACGCACUUACAAUGCAUCAGAACAAGUCAAUAUUCUGACACUGGGUAAUCCACUGAAAGGUCUAAACGGAACUAGUUGUAAUUCAAUGGCCAUCGUAACUACACCGUAUAUCGGAUAUCUGGAUGAGUUUUAUGUUUAUUCGAGAGAAUUGAGUGGUGCAGAUGUUCUUGCGUUGGCUAAUCCUUAA